CCCAACCCUCAUCCACUCUUUGUUCGCCGGAUUCGUUGCAAACCUCUCCAAAAUCUCCCUCAGUUUCUCUUCUCCUCCUCCCCCCAAACCCUAGGCCUAAUUCCUUCUUCGAGAUCGGUGGAGGAUACAGAGAGGAUGCCGGCUUAUCGGAGCCGAUGACGCCCCGGGUGGUGAAUUCCCGGCACGCCGUGGAGUCGUGCACGCUCCAGCUCCACGCCUGGAAGCCCUUCCAGAUCCAAACUCUCGGCGUCGAGCCCUCCUCCUCCAAGCCCUACGCCUUCCACGCUAAGAAGCCCUGCCGCUCCGACCGCUCCACCGCCCCCACGCCCAACGCCGCCGGCGACGCCCUCGACCUCUCGCGCCUCAGCCUCUUCGGCGAUCCCCCUCCCCGAAACCGGGAGGAGAGAUUCUGGUGGUUCUCCGGGAAGCUCCGCCGCCGGGGGUCCCGGUCGGUGUCCGGCCGGAGCAGCGAGCGGAGCGAGACCCGCCGGCGGGGCAUAACGUCGGCGGCGUAUGCCACCUGCUCGGAUUUCCCCCUCGCGCCUGGGGGCACGGACUCGAGCGGGGAGCUGUUCGUGAACGCGGAUUCGAGGUGGGGUUGGGACGUCAGCGAGGCGCGGAUCUUGAGGAAGGAGAGCAGGGACGUCGGGGGAGGUGUGGGGUUGGAGAGGGAGAGCUCUGGACUCGGGUCGUUUCAGGGUGGAGGGUGCUCUAGGGCUCUGGAAUCGCAAGGGAAUGAGUCCGGGUACGGCAGCGAGCCGGGGUAUAGGGGUGAUGUAGAGCUUGGGUAUGAUGAUGAGGAUGAUGAGGAUGGGCGGCAGUUGUUUUGGGGCGAACAGGUUGGAGAUACCAGUCAGAUGGAAAUUGUAGGCGAGAAUAAAUUUUCAGAGCAGAAGACUCACCACAGAGGCAGGCGGAAGAAGCAUGAUGGGAGAAGAACAAUGGCUCCAUUGAGAUAAUAAUAAAGCACCUUAAUUAUAGAUUGCUACAUGACAUUGUUGAUAAUGAUUGAUGUAACAGUGGUUAUUCAAAGUUGGAAAUAGUUGAUAUAAGUUGGCAUUAUUGCAUUAAUUGUAUACCUUAAAAAUUUUAUUCAAGCAAAUUUUUAUCUCCUCCAUAUUGUA